AUGCCCGAAAUAACAGAAAAUUCGUUUUUAGUGGCUUUUUCAAGUUUGAAUGAUCAGUACGAAUUUGUUUCCGACCCGGAAAAUCAUUCCAAAAUAACUAAUCUUAAACGGCGCUUGUUAGAUUUAGAAACAUUAAAAACACAACUCGUUGAAAUCAUAGCACAUUUCAAUGAAUCUGGGGUGCAUUCAUUAGAAUUCGAAAGUGACGAGGAAGCGGUCGUUUACCAAUUCAAAGAUGUAAAAAACAAGAUGUACGACACUUUAGCAAUGUUUGAUAAAUUAUUAACAGACGCCGGUACGGAACAAGUAGAACCGCGAUCGGCAUCCGGGCCAGGAAGCGGCCAAUUGUUAAAUGUAAAAUUACCUACAAUCGAAUUGCCAAAAUUUAGCGGUAAUUUUAUCGAUUGGGUGCCGUUUUUCGACACUUUUAAGGGAUUAAUCCACUUGAACUGCAAUUUAACGCCGUCCCAAAAACUGCACUAUUUAAAGGCCUGUCUAGACGACGAGCCGAAGCGUACUUUAGAUUCGUUAAAAAUCAACGAUACUAAUUACGAAAUCGCGUUAGAUCUUUUAAAACAAAGAUACGAAAAUAAAAGGCUAGUCAUCAAUAAUCAUGUAAAAAAUAUUUUUGAUUUGGGGCAUGUUCAAAAGGGGGAUUGUAAAUCGCUGCGCAAUUUUCUAGACGCGAUAAAUAUUAAUUUAAAUACGCUUAAGUCCUUAAAACGCCCCGUAGAUGCUUGGAGCGAUUUGUUGGUGCAUGUGAUUUCAUCCAGGCUAGAUUAUUUAUCCUGUGCAGCCUGGGAGGAGUCAUUGAACCCCAACGCGAUUCCUACACACGAGGAAUUAUUGUCAUUUUUGGAAAAACGAUGCCAGACGCUAGAGUCGAUGCAGGUUCACAAACAAUUUUUUAGUAAAAUAGAAAAAUCUUCAACUGCAACUAAAAACUCUCACACUUUAAAUCCGGGACUCUCCAAAAAACGUGUGUUCUAUACAUCUCGAUCACAAACGAGUAAAAAAUUUACAACUCCGUGUUUCAUUUGCAACAAAACGCAUGGUAUUUUCAGUUGCGAAGAUUUUUCGAAGCUAACGCCAAACGAAAGAUUUGACCGCAUCAAAACGAUGAAUCGCUGCAUAAAUUGCUUCAGAUCAAAUCACUCGACGAAAGACUGCAAGGCAAGCGGCUGUAAAAAUUGUGGCAAAAAUCAUCACACCCUUUUACAUUUUGAAAACAACGCUUCAACCAAUAAUAAAACAAAUUUAAAUGAUGCAGAGGAAUUUGACAAACUGUGCCCCAGUACAUCGCAUUGUAAUUUGGCGGUCACAUCUAACAUCUUGCUUUCCACAGCAUUAGUGACUACAUCCGGUCCAAAUGGCAAACAAAUACAAUGUCGCGCGUUGCUAGAUAUAGGGAGUCAAUCCCAUUUUAUCAGUGAACGGUUGUGUGCCUUUUUAAAUUUGCCAUCGCAAGACAUAAACAUGUCCAUAUUAGGAAUAAAUGGUAAAAGUAACAUCAAAAAAGUAACGGAUAUUCAUAUUCAAAGCAGAAUAACAAAAUUUAGAGCAAAUUUAAAAUGUCUUGUCGUAAAGACGAUCACGGAGCCGCUACCAACUCAUACCUUCAACAUUAAAUCUCUCAACAUUCCGUCAACCUUAGAGUUAGCAGAUCCGUCAUUUCAUUGUCCAGGUCCCGUAGACUUACUGAUAGGUGCAGAAUUAUUUUUAGAUUUAUUAAUUUCCGGUAAAAUUACUCUGGGAAAGAACAAACCAACUCUGCAGAAUACGGUUUUUGGGUGGAUUCUGGGAGGCGCCCUUGGCAAUAUAAGCGGUAACACGGCAAAUUGUUUCAAAAUAAGUUUAGAUGAAUCCAUCGUUAGGUUCUGGGAAUUAGAAAGUAGUGGUAUCGGCGACCAUAAAGAAUUUGUAAUAAAGUCUCACGGCGACAGUUGCGAAACGCAUUUCAAAAAUAGUACCGAUCGCCUUCAGGACGGCCGGUUCCAAGUACGGUUACCCUUUUGUCAAAAUCCGCCGGAUUUGGGAAAUUCCAAAGAUAUGGCAUUGAACAGGUUUAUGGCGGUCGAACGGAAACGGAUGCGAGAUCGCAAGCUUGACGAGGGGUAUAAAGCUUUUAUGAAAGAAUAUUUAGAGCUCGGGCAUAUGGAAAGAGUACCCAGUGACUCAUCCGAAAAUUCCUUUUACUUGCCCCAUUCGUGUGUAAUAAAAGAGACUAGCGCUACUACAAAGUUUAGGGUUGUUUUCGAUGGUUCGGCAAAAAGUUCCAACAACAAAAGUUUAAACGACAUGCUAUUGACUGGCCCAGUCUUACAGCCCGAUCUUUUCACUAUUAUUUUACAAUUUAGACGACAUCAAUACGUAAUGACGGCUGAUAUUUCCAAAAUGUAUCGAUGCGUGAUGAUGCAUCCCGAUGAUCGCAGGUAUCAGAAAGUAUUUUGGCGUGAUAACCCUCAGUCUCCGAUAGAAACGUAUCAAUUAAACACUGUCACAUACGGCUUAAAACCUUCCUCAUUUCAAGCAAUAAAAUGCAUUCAACAAAUAGGUUUCGAAGAGCGAAUCAAUUAUCCCUUAGCCUACCGAGUAAUCAAUAAUAAUUUUUAUGUAGAUGAUGCGCUUUUUGGUAGCGAUUCUAUUCCGGAAUUAAUAAGUAUCAAAGAACAAUUAAAAACGGUUCUCGCAAAGGGACGGUUUUCGUUGAGCAAAUGGUCAUCGAAUUGUCCUGACGCCCUCCAACAUGAAAGGGGUAAAUCCACUGAUUGUUUGAUAUUAGACAAGAAUCAUGAUAAUAAAACUUUGGGUAUUAAAUGGAAUAACGAAGAUGACUAUUUUUCAUUCACAAAUUUCAGGUUCAAACUCACAAAAAAUACAAAACGAUCCGUGAUGAGCGCUAUAUCACAGCUAUUCGAUCCCUUAGGACUAAUAAAUCCAGUUGUCACGAAAGCAAAAAUCAUUAUGCAACAAAUAUGGAUUUCAAAAAUAAAUUGGGACGACGAACUUCCGGAAAAUCUGAAUAAGGCCUGGAAUUCAUUCGUCCAUGAUUUGCUUAAUCUAAACAAAAUACAUUUUCCACGGAGUAUUGUCUGUCGCGAUCCCAUUAAGCUAGAACUACACGGUUUUUGUGACAGCUCUGAAAAGGCCUAUGGGGCUGUCAUUUUUCUCAAAUCUAUAGAUUAUCAGUUGAAUGUUCACGUAAGAUUAGUAUGUGCGAAGUCCCGCGUAGCACCGUUAAAAACAAUUUCUUUGCCUAGGCUGGAGCUAUGUGGAGCGGUACUAUUAGCAAAUUUAUCCUCAAGGGUUGCGCAAACGUACGAUCUGUUGCCUGAACACUGUCAUUAUUGGACGGAUUCAAAAAUCGUUUUGGCAUGGUUAGCUGCUGACUCAUACAACUGGAAGACUUUUGUAGCUAACAGAGUGUCAGAAGUUCAGCGCCUGACCAACGCUCAUAAUUGGCAUUAUGUAAAGGGCACAGAAAACCCGGCUGACGUAAUAACUCGCGGAACUAAUCCCACGGAAUUAGGCAAAAUUUCGUUGUGGUUCCACGGACCUACGUGGCUCCACCAAGUUAAUUUAAAUAUUGAUGCUACCGAUACACACGCGGAACUGCAUGAAGGCGGGGACAUUUUGGAACAACGAGUUAUCGCUGCAGUAGCCGUCCAAAAUCCAAAAUUAGAUUUUUUCAUUUUACGCGUACAUUCAAGGUUUUCGAAGCUAGUGAAAACAGUAGCUUCUUGGAAGCGUGUGAUAACAAACUUGAAACACCGAGUCAAACGUGAACCCGAAAUCAAAGGCCCAUUAACUAACGAUGAACUUAAGAAUGCGCGACUUCGCGUGUUACAAUUGACCCAAGCCGAAGCGUUUGCGAAUGAAAUACGUUCGUUAAAAAAUGACAAAAGCGUCGUUACCAGUAGCAUAGCGUCAUUGAAUCCAUUUCUUGAUUCCGACAAGUUGAUCAGGGUGGGGGGUCGAUUGAAUAAUUCAUCUUUGCCAUUUGAUAGAAUAUUCCCCGUUCUUUUACCUAAGCACCACGUGACGGAAUUAAUUAUUCAGGAAGCGCAUCUGAGACAAUUGCAUGCCGGUCAAUUAGGUACGUUGGCCCAAGUAAGAUUACUUUAUUGGCCUUUGUCCGGGCGUAAUCAGGUACGAAAGGUAAUCAGGAACUGUCCAAAUUGCUUUAAGGUAAACCCAAAACCGUACCACCAAAUAAUGGGAAAUUUGCCGAUGGAAAGAGUGACGUCAGCGCGUCCCUUUUUAAGAGUCGGAGUGGACUUCGGUGGUCCAAUAAUGAUUAAAGAAGGAAGAGGCAGAGGAAAAAAACUCAUUAAGUCAUAUAUUUGUUUGUUCAUCUGUCUCUCCACGAAGGCAGUACAUCUUGAAUUGGUAGGCGACUUAACAUCCGAGUCGUUUUUCAAUGCUUUAAAGCGCUUAAUUUCGCGUCGUGGAAACAUUAGCUAUGUGAUCAGCGACAAUGCUACAAAUUUUACAGGCACCAGAAGCGAACUCGCAAAACUACUUGGUAGUAAGGAUUUGCAAAAUAAGAUAGAACGUGAAAAAAUCACGUGGAAAUUUAUUCCACCUCGCGCUCCUAACUUUGCAGGCCUGUGGGAGGCCGGAAUCAAAUCAGUAAAAGGCCACAUAAAACGUGUCAUCGGAGAUAAUCACUUAACGUAUGAGGAAAUGUACACCCUACUGGUAGGUGUUGAGGCUGUUCUUAAUUCGCGUCCCUUGACUCCUCUAUCGAGCGAUGCUAACGAUCUUUCGGCCCUUACACCUGGACAUUUUCUCAUCGGUCAUCCCUUGACCGCCAUCAUCGACUUAGACCAUACCGGACUACCCUCCAACCGACUAUCUCGCUGGCAGCUCGUGGAAGCUUUCAAGCAACAUAUAUGGCGGAGGUGGUCUACCGAAUAUCUGACAAAUCUGCACAAUCGCUCCAAAUGGAAGAAGCCAUCCACUAAAGCCCCUCAAAUCGGAACCAUGGUCCUGGUGAAGGAGGAUAAUCUGCCACCUUUACAGUGGCGACUCGGCAGGAUAGUGGAAGUACACCCGGGCAGCGACGGACUAGUGCGCGUUGUGACUGUAAAGUGCCGUAAUGGACUGUUUAAACGUGCCAUUUCGAAAAUCUGUGCGUUACCAUAUGAAGACUAUAUGUUGUGA